AUGACCACGACACCACCCCUCGCGACGGGUGCCAACCCUCCGAUUCCCGCCGAACAGCUCGCCGCACUUACAUCGCUGCUGUCGGGUCUCACCGCUGCCGCUUCCGGCACUGCCACACCCGCCACGACGUCCGGCACCACUCGCACUGCCUUUCCAAAGCACGCACGCUUGGAUGGUGCGAAGACCUUCGCGAACUGGACACGCCAACUUCGCCUGUGCCUAGCGGACGACAUCCGCUCGUACGUCCUCGACGGUAUCGCACCCGACGACUGGACACCUUCGCAACGCUCCGCUCGCGACGCCGUCGCUCGUGAGGUCCUUGCGAAUUCGAUUGACUCGGCCGAAGUCUCGGCAGUCCUCGACAAAAUCCCUACCGCCGACCUGACAGCGCCGACAAUCUACUCGACGCUGAAAUCGCGGUACGCCCCUGACGACGCCACCCGCACGCUCGAGCUCUUCUCACGACUCUGGGGUUUCCGUCCCAUGCCCGGCACGGUUGCCGAAUUCGACGGGUGGAUCAUGGACUUCAAAGCCGUUGCGCAAGAGAUCAUCGACACAAAGACAACUAUCAAUGAUGUUCUCGCCACACUCCUCCUUGCAAUCGCCCACCCGUCCCUCGAGAGCUUCAAGGCGUCGUUCACCGAUGAACAGCGCACGCAACGAACUCUCCCCGACAUUGAUUCGCUUGCCGACCGUAUGCGAGUCCAACUUCGGUCAACGAACAUCCCCAGCACUCAAUCGGCCCUUCUUGCCUCGUCGUCGUCACGUUCUACUCGUCUCAAGUGUCUCGCCUGUCGCAGCCCUUCGCACCGAGUCGCGGAGUGCCCUACGAGGGCGCAACACCCGCCGCCAGGACCCUGUCGCUCCUGCAAGAAGAAGGAUCACUGGUCUCUCGACUGCAAGAAGGCGCUCGAGGACGGCAAAAAGCCCGACACCGCUGACUCGACCGUCGACUCGCAACACCAUGUCGGAUGUCUCGCCACCGGUCUUCUCGCUCGUCGUCGCCAGCUUCGCAACCACUCUUUUGUCGUCGACUCGGGCGCCACUUCGCACAUGGUCUCGGACAAGUCGCUGUUCACGACCUAUCGCCAUAUCGCUCCUACGAAGAUUGGUGGUAUUGCAGGGGGCAUCAACGCCAUCGGAACGGGAAACAUCGCCUUCAUUGCCGCCUCGGGUCAUCCGAUCACGCUUACCGGCGUGCUGCACACUCCGGGCCUGUUUGUCAAUCUUCUCUCGGUCUCUCGACUUUGCGACACCGACGAUGUCCGUGUCGCCUUCACAAAACACGGCAUCCACAUUGACAAGGACGGCAACGACAUCGCUGAAGGCGCACGACUCGACGAAGGGCUCUACUUGCUGGACGCUGAUCAUUCCAAAUGUCAGCACCUUGCUCUCCUUUCUCGCUCACAGUCGUCCGUGCCCCUGCUGACUCUCCAUCGCUGCCUCGGCCAUCUCGCACCGUCCUCCAUACAGAAGAUGGUUGCCGCUGGUUUGCUGGAGGGUCUCAGGGCCGGAUAUAGUGACGAAGAGGUAGAGAAGUUUGUCUGCAAUGCUUGCCUCAGCGCAAAGGGCCAUCGUCUUCCCUUUCCCGAUUCGGAUUCGCACUCCUCAGAGAGACUCGGCCUUGUACACAGCGAUGUGCUUUCCUUCCCCGAGCGGUCCUUGACUGGCAAACGUUACCUGGUCACAUUCCUUGACGAUUACUCGCGCAAACUCUGGGCCUACGCAAUCGGACACAAAAGCGAAGUCUUCGGCAUAUUCAAAACUUGGCUAGCCGAGGUUGAACUCGAGACGGGUGCGACGCUGAAGGUCCUCCGAACCGACAACGGUGGCGAAUACUGUUCGAGAGCGUUCACAGAGUUCUGCAAGACACGAGGCACCCGUCGACAAUACUCUAUCCCACGCACGCCUCAACAGAACGGUCGUGCAGAGCGGGUCAAUCGUUCCAUUGUCGAAGGCGUCCUUGCCCUCCUUGUCGACGCCCACCUACCCAAGACAUUCUGGGAGGAGGCUGCAGCUUAUUUCGUUUACUGCAAGAACCUGUGUCAACACGCGGCCCUGGACAAGGCAACACCAAACUCCGUCUGGCAGGGUGACCACACCACUGCCUCGGCGCUUCACCCGUUCGGCUGUACAGCUUGGCUUACGGUCGCGCCCGAACUUCGCUCCAAACUCGACCCGAAGGCGGUUCGCGUUUUUUUCACCGGCUACGACCUGGCUUCAAAAGCCUUUCGCUUCUACGACACUACAACACAGAAGAUUAUACUUGGCAGAAAUGCCACGUUCCUCGACACUGAAUUCCCCGGAUUACAUGGCGACCCCACUGAGCAAGACGGCGACACGCACUUCGCCAGCGCUCCCACCACCGAAUCUCAAACCGUUGUCAAGACAUGGACCCCACUAGUAAGGUCGGCGCACAUGGACGUCUCAUCCCCCCUUGAUGAUUCUGCCAUGAGCGCCGUUGACGUGGCCCCAGGGUACACUGGCGGAACCUUACUUAACUUCACAGAUGCCGAAUCGUCCUCGUCACCGUCGCCUGCGUCGCCCUCAUCACCGUCGUCUGCGCCAUCGCCUGCACUUUCACCAUCGUCGGCUGCGUCAUCGUCACCCUCGGCCUUACCGACCGACUCUGAAGACUCCGCCGAUCCCCUCGACCUCCUCGGCUCACAGCCCCAGGUUCGCCUCGAUCUACAGGACGUGCACCACCCAGACUUCAGCACGUACCGCGAGCCCGCAUCGGCUGAGGAGUCGCCCGACGAACUCGACCUCAUUGGGCGCCACUCUCGCGACGAAUCUCCGGACGAAAUCGAUUUCCUCACCCGACACCACCGCGCCUUCAUCGCCAUCGACGACGACACCUCUGACACAGAGGCAAUUCAGCCAGUCAAGUCCAUCACGAGCGACCCACAGACCUGGCGCGAGGCGAUGUCUAGCGACAAGCGUGAAGUAUGGGCCAAAGCCGCCACCGACGAGUUCACCUCCAUGCGCGACGACUUCAAGGUCUUCACCAUCGAGGACCGAGCCACGGUGCCCGCGGGUGCGACUAUCGUUACAUCCAAGUUCGUCUGGAAAACGAAACGGAACGCACUCGGCGAAGUCACUGGACACAAGGCAAGGCUGGUCGCGCAAGGCAAUCGGCAACGCGACGGCAUCGACUUCAACGAAACGUUCGCACCGGUCGCACGCUUCUCCUCGAUACGCUCACUCCUCGCGCUGGCGGCCGCCAACGGCUUGCACGUGCACCAGGCGGACAUCGACAAAGCAUAUCUGCAUGGCGACCUUGACCACGACAUCUGGAUGACGGCACCGCGCGGCUUCGACCUUCCCAGCGACAAGGUGCUUCGCCUGCGACGCUCCAUCUACGGGCUCAAACAGGCUGGCCGAAUCUGGAAUCGACACAUCGACGCUUCGCUUCGGGCCCUCGGUUACACGGCGACGGGCACCGACCACUGCGUAUACUCUUGGCUCGAUGAUCGUCAAUGUCCACACUACAUCGCACUGUACGUCGACGACCUCCUGAUGAUCAGCCCGGAACUGGCCGAAAUCGAACGUGUCAUCUCAGGCCUGGACCAACGCUACGGAGUCAAGCGCCUCGGCCCGGCCGAGUAUAUCCUCGGCAUCCAGAUCAGGCGGUUCGACGACGGCUCUAUCGCCCUAUCCCAGGAACGGUACAUCAUGGACGUGCUCGCUCGGUUCCACUUCGACACCACGACUCGCGGCACUACAGUUCCGAUGACUCCCGGCCUUUCGCUCACUGCUAUCCCGGGUCAAGGCACCGAACGGAUCAGGUCAUGGUAUCUGCAGGCUAUCGGCUCGCUCCUCUACAUUUCGCUCGGUACCCGCCCUGACAUCGCCUUCGCCGUGUCCUACCUGGCCCGCUUCGCCAACAACCCCGGUCGUCGUCAUUGGAUUGCGGUCAAGCACAUCCUACGCUAUCUCCGGGCCACGUAUCGCAACGAACUCGUGUAUGCUCGCGGCCAGGCUCGCAUCACGGGUGUGGUAGGCUACUCCGACGCGAACUGGGGGGCCUGCAUCGACACAUCGGUGUCCACCAUGGGCUACGUCUUCUACAUCGCUGGCUCGGCCGUGUCCUGGUCGUCCAAACGCCAGUCUCGAGUUGCCGAUUCGACCACCGACGCUGAAUACCUCGCCCUCUCGCAUGCUGGCAAGGAAGGGAUUUACCUCAGUCAGCUGCUCGAAGAGCUCCAUGUACAACCUGUUGCACCGGCUCACAUCUUUACUGACAACGAAGCCGCUGCUGCAGUUGCUCACGAUCCUGUCCGCGUCUCUGGCACUCGGCACAUACGCUUGCGUGAGCACUUCGUUCGGGACAUGGUGAAUCGGGGCGACAUCUCUCUCUCGCAUGUGGGUACCAGCGACAUGGUGGCCGACAUCUUCACCAAGGCUCUCGGCCCAAAGGUCUUCUCAACGCACUGCUACGCCCUCGGCCUUCGCACUCGACACCCGCGGCUUGGGUCUGCCUCGCAUUCGCGUGGGGGGGGUGUGAAGAGUCCACUCUCAGCUCGACAGGGGCGCCUCGGUCGUUGCGCGCACUUGCUAGCCCGCCCCCGGCGGUGGGGACUUAGACGCGCGCGACUGCCUCAGCGCGCCAGCGCCGGCGGAUUCAUGCGCGCGCCCGCUAGCCCGCCCCCUUGCGGUGGGGACUUAGGCGCGCCGGCGAUUUCACCCGCGGCUGACUUAGGGAUGUACAUUGUCACGCGCCUGGGACUAUCCCAGCGUGGCCCCCCCCUUUCUGUUUCUUAGCUUCCUUCUCAUCACUUCUGUUCGACUCUCAACCUCUCCUGACAGUAGUGGUGAACGUCUCAUAGGUACGCUGAAAUAGAUCACUUCUGUUCGACUCUCAACCUCUCCUGACAGUAGUGGUGAACGUCUCAUAAGAGUCCCCAUUUCACUCGAGCGUGUUCAGACUCGACCUUUGAGUUCCGUUUCCGCUUCAAUGACGCGCCCUUCUUGCCCUCCCGCAGACCCCGUUGGCCGAAUGAAAGAAGGGGCUUCUUCUUCAGUCGACGUCGAAGUCUCAUCAAGUAAUCCGCAGCCAACCGCGCCGGCAAGUGAUGCAGAUCUACGUCGUCUUGCCGAUGACUCGACCGACUCUGCGUUUGACGCGGUGGAAGACGUCCCCUCUUAUGCUGAUGCCGCGUCGCGAAUGCGGCGAUACUGGGGGCCGGAGGUGGUGUCGUCGCGCAAAGCGGAGAGGACUGCAUCGGUGAGCUCUGUUCGUGUUAUGAGACGUUCACCACUACUGUCAGGAGAGGUUGAGAGUCGAACAGAAGUGAUCUAUUUCAGCGUACCUAUGAGACGUUCACCACUACUGUCAGGAGAGGUUGAGAGUCGAACAGAAGUGAUGAGAAGGAAGCUAAGAAACAGAAAGGGGGGGGCCACGCUGGGAUAG